AUGGUCAAAGAUUGGUUCAGUAUGAUACACAAGAGGAAGCCUCCUUCUGUUCGUGGUGAGAAUUGCGUGACACAGAUAAGUUUCUGUCGUCCUGCUGCGAGGAACGUUUCAGCGUAGUCGAGAUCGAGAGUGACCGAAAAUCGCCGCAGGAACGAAGAGCGAGGAUCGAAGAAACGGAUCCAGGAUGUCUUUCGAAAUUCAGACAGGUCCACCCGGACCUGAGGCUAAGGCUUUAGCCGAAAAACAACUCAGGGAGACUGAGGAGAAUGUAAAGAACGGCAUCGAGACUCUGAAGAAGUUACUCCAAGAGAAGCCAAAUCUUUACUAUAACACCGAUGACGAGAUUUUGAUGACCUUUUUACGACCGUGCAAAUUUUACCCAAAAAGUGCACUGGAUCUUAUGCAGCGAAUCGCGGAGUUCAAAGAGAAGAAUGCGGCUUUAUUGCAUAACCCGCUGCCGAGCAGCGAGCAGGAUGCUCUCUUAAACAACAAUAUUAUAAAUGUUCUAACUACCAGAGAUCAUAAGAAUCGCAGAAUUCUGCUGGUGCAUUCUGGCAAACUCUGGGACCCGUCCAAAGUCACGUCCGAUCAGAUGUUUCGGCUCUUCUAUAUCAUCCAUACAUUAGCUGUGCUAGAACCGGAGACACAGAUAUACGGUUGUGUAGUGAUAAUGGAUUUUGACGGGCUUUCGAUGAAGCAGGUGAUGGGUCUAUCGCCAUCUUUCAGCAUGAGACUCCUCUCUUUCAUUCAAGACGCGAUGCCACUGCGUCUGAAGGAGGUUCACUUCGUGAAGCAACCGUUCCUUUUCAACAUGGUGUGGCAAAUGUUCAAGCCGUUCGUCAAAGAGAAGCUAAAGAAACGUAUGUUCUUCCACGGUACCAAAAUGUCUUCUCUUCAUAGUCACAUCCCUCCAAGCCACUUGCCGAAAAAUUAUGGCGGUGAAUUGCCGGAGAUUAAUUAUACUAGCGCCGACUGGUACCCGGUAGCACUCAAUUUCGAGCAUAAGAUGCAAGAAUGGAGUACAUUCGGAUUUCGCCAGAAAUAAUAGUUCACCGUUUACGUCGUCAUCAUCAUUGUGAUGCUACAGUGAUGUUAAAUAUUAGUUUUCGCAAUUCGCCAGAGAGUGAAUUUCGGACGUCAAAGGAAUAUACACGUUGUACUACAUAAUAUAAUAAUAUAUAAUGCAAUAUGCAUUUAUGUACAUAACGUAUAUUAUGAUAUUGUAUGUAUUAAAUAUAUAUUUUUGAUAACCGAA